AUGUUCUCCAAGGUCUAUCGUGGCGAGUACCGUGGAGAGACUGUGGCGGUCAAGAAGAUGGCUCUCCCGCAAGACGAACAGACAAAGACCUUCCUCAAGCGCGAGAUCGCCAUCCUCAAGCAGCUUGUUCAUCCGCACAUCCUGCGGUUUGUUGGCGUCACUUCGGCCGGCUCGGCUGGCCUCUGGGUUCUCACCGAACUGGUGCCGAACAAUGACCUCGAGACAUGGAUCGAGAACACAUCGGCGGAUCUGUCGUGGAAGCUGCGGCUACGGUUUGCGUUUGAGAUUGCGUCUGCGAUGGAGUACCUGCACGACAACUCGAUGAUGCACCGUGAUCUCAAGUCGGCCAACGUGCUGGUCGACGCCGAGUUCCACUGCAAGGUCGCUGACUUUGGCUUUGCCAAGGUUCUAGGCGAUACUGGGGGCGGGGACAGCGCGCGGAUGACGAUGUGCGGAACAGACGACUGGAUGGCGCCCGAGUUGACGCUAGGCGAGGACUACGACCUCUCUGUCGACGUCUUCUCGUUCGGCAUUGUACUCGUGGAGCUGAUCACCCGGCUCAAGCCGUCGGAUCCGAAGAUCUGUCGGACGCCGAUGGAGUGCUUUGAGCUCAACAAGUCACGAGUGCUGCUGGCGUCGCCGGACGAUACACCAGAGAUGUUUAUGGAUCUGGCGUUUGCCUGCGCGGCAUACUAUCCAAAGGACCGGCCCGAGUUCUCGCGUGUGGUGUACGAGCUAGAGGGCCAGUUUGACGACGCCGCGGCUGUCGAGCGGUGGGACGAGCCCGACUACACGCCGCCAGUCUUGGAGCCUGUAGUGCCGCUGCGAGCGGAAGAGGCCAAGGCACUGCGGCGGGCUUCGCGGCGCAUCUCAGUCAUCGACGCUGAGGAGCGCAACUCGUCCGAGUUUCUGCAGCUCGAGUCCGGCCGGCGGGUCUCGGUCAUGCUGUCGUCGUCGGCCAACCCGCUCGGGCGAGUGGGCAUGAUCCAAAACUCGCGCCGCAAGUCGCGUCGCCGGUCGGCGAUGAAGCCGCUGCUCCACACUGCACUCGAGACGGCCACGCGGUCUGCAAACAACUCGCCGCUGGUCUCGCCGUCGUCGGAUGCCGAUGUUGAAGCUCGUGCUCCGUGUUCCCCCGAAGACACAUCGGCCCAGGCCGAGACAGAUGUCUACGCCGGGAAUGACGAGUGGCUCAUACGCGAGGAUGAGGUGGAGCUGUUUGAGGAGCUGGGUAAGGGCAUGUUCUCCAAGGUCUAUCGCGGCGAGUACCGUGGAGAGACUGUGGCGGUCAAGAAGAUGGCUCUCCCGCAAGACGAACAGACAAAGACCUUCCUCAAGCGCGAGAUCGCCAUCCUCAAGCAGCUUGUUCAUCCGCACAUCCUGCGGUUUGUUGGCGUCACUUCGGCCGGCUCGGCUGGCCUCUGGGUUCUCACCGAACUGGUGCCGAACAAUGACCUCGAGACAUGGAUCGAGAACACAUCGGCGGAUCUGUCGUGGAAGCUGCGGCUGCGGUUUGCGUUUGAGAUUGCGUCUGCGAUGGAGUACCUGCACGACAACUCGAUGAUGCACCGUGAUCUCAAGUCGGCCAACGUGCUGGUCGACGCCGAGUUCCACUGCAAGGUCGCUGACUUUGGCUUUGCCAAGGUGAUGGAAGAGGUGCCGACGCCCGGCGACGCCAAGCUGACACCCAACUCGAAGCGCAAGCUGCGGCGGAUGACAAUGUGUGGAACAGAUGAGUGGAUGGCGCCCGAGCUGACGCUUGGGGAGAACUACGACCUUGCGGUUGAUGUCUUUUCCUUUGGCAUUGUACUCGUGGAGCUGAUUACCCGGCUCAAGCCGUCGGAUCCGAAGAUCUGCCGGAAGCCGAUGGAGUGCUUCGAACUGAAUGCUGCCAACGUUCGAGCGGCUGCGCCCAAGUCAACCCCCGAGGCGUUCAUGGCGCUGGCGCUGGCGUGUGCGGCGUACUAUGCUAAGGACCGCCCUCCGUUCUCGCGUGUGGUGUUUGAGCUGGAAAACCAGUUUGACGACGCGCCCGCCAAGGAUGGCUGGGACAAUCCCGAGUUUGCACCACCGGUUGUCCUGCCGCUGCCGCCGUCGCGGCCGGGCUCGCCGCAGCUCCCCGGCCGCCGCUCGCGCCGCAUCUCGGUCGUUGAUGUGGAGGAGGAGAUGUCUGCCGAGUUUGUCAAGAUCGGCGGCCAGCGGCGAAUCUCGAUUGCGGCAGCGCAGCAGCAGUCGCGGACCAUGGCAGCGCUGCGCGAGUCGGCGCGGUCGCUCCGUGCGCUUGCCGCCGCACAAAACGCAUCCCGCACUGCCCCAGCUGCACCGACCCGCCCGCCGCGUCCACCGCGUCCUAACAUCAACGACGUGUUCCGCCCAGCAGAUCGGUCUCAUCCGACCUCGCCCACUUCAUUGGCACGAUCGGCCACGCCAUCGACUGCGGCAUCGUCAUCGUCAUCGUCGUCGUCGUCGUCGUCGUCAUCAUCUCCAUCGUCAUCAUCAUCAUCAUCGUCAUCAUCGUCACCUCCAGCUGCGUCGAAUUUGGACCAAGCAAGCGAACCUCCUCUCAAGCCGCGGACGCUUGCCGAGCGACGUGACGAGGCUGCUGUUGCCGCCGCCGAGUCGACGGUGCGCAAGCGGUCCGUGAAGGACAUGCUUGCGCUCUUUGAGUCGCUCAACAUGUGA